AUGGAACCUGAAGAAAAUUAUGAUCCACAUUCCUUUGAGGAUGAUGAUUCUAUUCAAAAUUCUUAUGUUGCAAUACGUUCAAGUGAUCAAGAUAAUUAUGAAUCUCUUCAUUCUAAUUUGCGUAUUCCAAAUCAAAAUGAAUUAAAUAUAGAGGAACAAAAUGUUAUUAGUAUCAAUUCACAGGAAAACGAAGAAGUAUAUAUUCGAAAUAACAUACCACGGAGUUUUAUUGAAUCUUUUUUAAACAAUAUUGCUUUCUUAUCUACUUUACUUUUCUUAAUCGUAAUAGUAAGUUGA